UGCUCUUAGUGUGUUUUUUCUUUCUUUCUUUUUUGUCAAAUCCAACACUAUUAAAACCGUGUUAUGUCGUUCUCAAUAUGAACUCUAAGCGCCGCUGUUGAUCACGACAGAAGUACUCUGGUAAUUUGUACCAAAAAUCUCCACAUUACUGCACGGUGCUCUGUUGUGCUGCGGCUGUUCUUGUCAUUCUGAGAAAUUAAAAUAAUGGAUCAGAGUACACUGUCGGACUUCAAGGUGUACAUUUCGUAAACUCUAUGUUAAAGGUUGUUUCAUUAUAGUCCCUUUAUUUAUAUAAGGUGGGACAUUCGUUUUGUUCAAGAUUACUGGAUUGAAACAUCGAAUCAGACGAAAUAAUCGCCAUGACUGCUAAUGGAAGUUUUCUUCUGGGACCGUUACUGUACCUCCUUUUCUCGGCGUUUUCUGCUAUUCCAGCAGACGGACAGGUUCGCUACAUUAUUCCGGAAGAAAUGGCCGUGGGUUCCUUUGUGGGAAAUAUAGCAAAGGAUCUGGGACUAGAAUCAUCACGACUGGCUACAGGACGCGGCGCACGGCUGUUCUUUGUCGGCAGCAAUGAGUAUGUGGAGCUGGACAGAGAGAAAGGACAAUUGCUGGUUCGGGAGAGGAUAGACAGGGAGCAACUGUGUGGUGACACCUCGGCGUGCAGCUUCACUUUCGAGAUCAUUCUGGAAGACCCAAUUGAGCUUUUUCGUGUCACGGUGGAGAUAGAGGACAUUAACGACAACAGCCCUGUGUUUCCGAAGCGGGAAAUCGAAUUGGAAAUAAGUGAGUUAGCCGUACCAGGGGCGCGCUUCGCCUUGGAAAGCGCAGUGGACUCUGACGUAGGAAUCAACACACUGCAGGAGUAUUUACUGCGUCCUGCGGAACAUUUCACACUAAAGACUCAAAGUCGAUUAGAUGGGAGCAAAAAUGUCGAGAUGGUGCUCCAAACCGCUUUAGACAGGGAAAAGCAAGAGCAGCACUAUUUAACACUGACCGCCGUCGACGGCGGGGAUCCGCAAAGGUCCGGCACUGUUAAAAUACACAUCGUGGUUUUAGACGCUAACGACAACGCCCCCAUAUUCAGCCAGUCUGUGUACAGGGCAGCGGUGGUAGAAAAUUCUCCGAAAGGAACGCUGGUGCUCACACUAAGCGCCACGGACGCAGAUGAAGAGUCCAACGGCUCCAUACUGUAUUAUUUCGAACACACCGCAGCCAUAGUGAGAGAGCUGUUCACCCUGGAGCCGACCUCUGGAGACAUUAAAAUCGCUGGGGAGGUAGAUUUCGAGAAGCACAAGAUCUUCCACAUUAAAGUAAAAGCGAAAGAUCAGGGUGGCUUGACGGACUCCAGCGAGAUUAUUAUUGAAGUGGUUGACGUUAAUGACAACGCACCGAAAAUAACACUAAUGUCGUUUUCCAGCGCGCUGCCCGAGGACUCCGUUCCCGGUACCGUUAUUGCUAUUCUUAACGUACUAGACCUUGAUUCCGGGGACAACGGUAAAGUGUCGUGCUCGACUGAUUACGCUCUUCCUUUCAAAAUUCAGUCAUCUCUAACGAAUUAUUUCAGCCUUGUUACUGACUCGGUUUUAGACAGAGAGGAUAUUUCGGAAUACAACAUUACUGUUAUUGCGGUAGACGGGGGUGUCCCACCUCUCACUAGUAAACAGGUGCUGCGUCUAAAAAUCUCUGAUGUUAAUGAUCAUGCGCCUCGUUUCGAAAAAGACACAUAUAGUGCUUAUCUUCCUGAAAAUAACGCCCCAUCCAUGUCAUUCUUCUCCUUGAGAGCGAAAGAUGAUGACUGGGGAUCCAAUUCUCGUGUGUCCUAUUUUGUCGUAGAUGACAGUUUAAAUGGAGUUCCGUUGUCACGUUACAUAUCAAUAAACUCAGAGACCGGAACACUUUAUGCUGUAACGACGUUUGAUUAUGAACAGAUCAAGACUUUUACCAUACAAGUAAAAGCUCAAGAUGGAGGCAGCCCACCUUUGUCUAGUAAUGUUACAGUGAACAUCUUUAUUCAGGACCAGAACGACAACGCGCCUCAGGUUCUGUACCCAGUACAGACCGGUGGAUCUCUGGUGGCUGAAAUGGUGCCUCGUUCAGCAGAUGUUGGGUAUCUUGUCACUAAAGUGGUGGCUGUGGAUGUGGACUCUGGACAGAAUGCAUGGCUCUCAUACAAACUGCUGAAAACGACAGAAAGGGGACUCUUUGAUGUGGGAUUACAGAACGGGGAAAUCAGAACUGUCCGUCAGGUCAGUGAUAAAGACCCAGUGAAACAAACUCUUGCUGUUGUAGUGGAGGACAACGGACAUCCCUCUCGAUCAGCUACAGUGAAUGUGAACGUGGUGGUGGCGGACAGUUUCCCUGAAGUGCUCUCGGAAUUCAGUGACUUUGGACAGAACAAGGAUUACAAUGACAACUUGACAUUUUAUUUGAUCUUGGCUUUGGCAGUCGUUUCAUUUCUUUUCAUUUUAUCAGUCAUUGCAAUUAUUUCAGUAAAAUUUUGCAGAUGGUGGAACAGACGUCUGUUUUUUAAAUCCAACGUAAAUCUUCCAGUUAUUCCUUAUUAUCCAUCACUUUAUGCAGACGUCGGAACCACUGGAACACUUAAACAUAUGUACAGUUAUGGGGUCUACGGAACUGCUGAUUCAAGGAAGAGUGCCCUGAAUGUAAACAUAACUGAUGUGGAAUCAAUGCAGAGGAAAAUGAAAGAAGAUGGCAAUAGUGUGAUCGAAGAGAACCCCCCCAACACAGACUGGCGCUUCUCCCAGAACCAAAGACCUGGACCCAGUGGUCAGUACAGGUUCUACACAACACAGGAGAGAUGGACUUCGAAUGGGAAAAUGAGAGCCAGCCCUGAAGAGGCAACUGGUGUUGUGACUGGAACAGGACCCUGGCCCAACCCUCCCACAGAGGCAGAGCAGCUCCAAGCACUGAUGGCAGCCGCCAAUGAGGUGAGUGAGGCCACAGCUACGCUAGGCCCUGGCUCUCGCUAUGGCCCCCAGUUAACCCUACAGCGUGCGCCUGACUUCCGGCAAAAUGUCUACAUCCCUGGCAGCACUGCCACUCUUACCGCCAACCCCCCACAGCAGGCCUUGCCCCCACCACAGGCUCAAGUUCUGCCUCCCUCCCAGGCUGAUGCCCCCAAGGCUGCCCAGACACCUGCCAGCAAGAAGAAGGUGGCCAAGAAGGAUAAGAAAUAAGUCCGAAGUUUUGUCAGAUAGCCAUUUGCAGUGAGGCUUUGUGAUACAAAGAGCCAUCUGCCAUCAGGCUUUCUAUCCCAGAAAGGGUUUUCUGUCUAGCUUAUUUGGCUCUCUUGACGUCUGUGAUCCAAAGGUCUCAAACCUUUUCUGGUUGUAAGAAGAUGAUUAUAUCUUAGUGCAUUUUCUGGGUUAAUUUGUGCAUUUCAUUCACAUCUCUGCAACAUUACAGUGUGCAUAAUUCACCAUAUUAUAGUACUUGCUCUUUAAGUAAAGGUAAGGGUCUUGUGUUUUUAAACGGGGAGGGGAAAGAUGGAAAUCAUUCAUUUAAAUGAAAUAUUGCUGCCUUUGUUCCCCGAUGAAUCUGAUGGUUAUAAAGCUCAAAUCAUAUUUUUUGCUAUUUCCCAGUGAAUGGUAUUGAAAUUGGUGCAAAUCAUUUGAUGUUGAUGCCAUCUUAAAUUUUUUUUCAUUUAGUUAAAUAUAUAUAUAUAUAUUUUUUGUUAAUCCUAAAAUGGCAGUUUUUUGUGUGAGGUGAGGUUUGAAAUGAAGACAUUACAGUACGCAUGUUGUUUUAUCCAUCCAAUUUAAAGACUUACAAUCACACGUGUUAAACUGUAAGUUAUGAAUAAGCCUAGUUUGACUUGCAAAAAGCAAAGAUUUUGUCUUUCUCCAGAAAAGGAACAUGAAUCCUCUUUAGACAAAAUGAAGAAAUGUUACUUUUACACAUUUGAAUGAUAAAUACUGAAUGUGGUGAAGGUGUUAACUUUUAUACUAAUGAACAACUGAGGAACUGUGAUUUGGUGCAGAGGCAAGAACAAGUCAUUAGACUCUGCUGAUGUAGCUCUACUGUCCUAGAACACUGCAGUGGCGCAGUCACAGAACACAGCAUGAAGUUCCAGGCAGAGCAGAUCUUCCCUUUGGAGCUGACAUACUUAUACAAUUUAACUUUGUCCCUUUCAUAAAUAGUCUCUUACAUCUCUGCAUGCUAUAGUGGUCAUGUACAUUGAGACAAAAAAUACUGUAUCUGAAUUACGUAUGCAGCUGGAAAGGUUAGUGCAUUAACUCUUUGUAUAUAGAUCAUUUCCAAAGGCUAGCUGUCUGUAUUGAUCAACAGAAAACAAGAUGACUUUCAGCCUAAAAUCUUGAAAUGUGGGAACUACUGGACUGUUUGCAUAUUUUCAGAAAAAUCCAUAAAAAAAUUAUGACUUCAGAUAAAUCGUAGUGGUGUAGUGACAAAUCUAAAACCUGAUGUAAAUAAAUUGACUAGUUAAAGACACACACAUUGCUAUAUACUUACAAAUGUGUCGUGCAUAUUUUUGUGUUCACUGCUCUCAUUUUAUCACACAAUACUAACAAAAAUUUAAAAAUGAAAACAAAAAAAAAGGGUUUCAUCCAUGUUUAACGUGUCUCAAGUUUUCUUGUUUCCACUUGUGCAGCUCAAUUGUCCCUCGUUAUGAAUAUAGUAUAUAUGUUUGUCUGCUGAUUAAUUACACCAGUAUUGUAAUGAAUUGCAUUCCUCUUUAACGUGUAGAUC